CUCCCACAGCAAGGCAAUCCAAAGACCCACACCAGUCCUCCCAAAAGAUCAUUUCUCUCAGAGCAGGAUGGCAGACACUCCUUGCAAACUGGGCCAUUUGCUGGGAAAGAAAGCCUUACAGGCUGCUGAGGAGCGCGGCAAGUGGGAAACCAAAAAAGAGUUCAUCCUGAGUGUGGCUGGUGCUAUUAUUGGACUCGGUAAUGUGUGGAGAUUUCCAUAUCUUUGCUACAAAAAUGGUGGGGGCGCAUUCUUCAUCCCUUACUUCCUCUUUCUCAUCACCUGCGGCGUUCCUCUGUUUGUCCUGGAAACAUCUCUGGGCCAGUACACCAGUCAGGGAGGAAUCAUGUGCUGGAGAAAGAUCUGCCCCUUGUUUGAAGGUAUGGGAUAUGCCAGCCAGAUUAUAAUUUUCUAUGGAAACAUCAGCUAUGUUGCGAUUUUAGCGUGGGCAUUCUUCUACUUCUUCUCCUCUUUCUCCGGAAAUCUGCCAUGGGCCAGCUGCAAUAACACAUGGAAUACAGAUCGUUGUGUGGAAAUAAACAACUAUAAUACCACUGCUAACUGGACUUCAUCUGCAUCAUCGUCAUCUGUUAUAGAGUUUUGGCAGCGACGUGUGUUAAACAUUUCCACGGGCAUAGAGACAAUCGGAAACAUUCGCUGGGACCUUUCAUUGUGCCUUUUUCUGUCCUGGGUCAUCUGCUACUUCUGUGUAUGGAAGGGAGUGAGAUCCACAGGGAAGGCUACAUACUUCACUGCCACAUUCCCUUUUGUUUUGUUGGUGGUGCUGUUCUUCAGAGGAAUGACACUUCCUGGAGCAUUCCAUGGUAUCAAAUACUACCUAUACCCUAAUCCUUCACGACUCGCUGAUCCACAGGUCUGGAUGGAUGCUGGAACACAAAUAUUUUAUUCCUAUGCCAUUUGCUUGGGGUACAUGACCACAUUUGGAAGCUACAACAAAUACAACAACAACUGUUACAGAGACUCCUUCUAUCUUUGCUUGCUGAACAGUGGAACCAGCAUAGUGUCUGGAUUUGCAAUUUUCUCUGUUCUGGGCUACAUGUCAACAAAGCAGGGAGUUGACAUUUCUGCAGUUGCUGAGUCAGGUCCUGGACUCGUCUUCAUUGUCUAUCCUCAAGCAGUAACUCUUCUGCCAUGGUCUCAGGUCUGGUCUGUGUGCUUCUUCUUCAUGAUCAUCUUAUUGGGAAUUGAUGGACAGUUUGCAGGGCUUGAAAGCAUCAUGACGUCUUUAGCAGAUCUUUACCCUUCCUACCUCCGAAAGGGAUACCGCAGGGAGCUUCUUCUGUUGCUGAUCUGUAUUGUUAGCUCUUUGUUUGGUUUGUUUUUGGUCACAGAGGCUGGUGCAUACAUUCUGCAGAUCUUUGAUCAUUAUGUUUGCAGCGGCCCGACUCUCCUUCUAAUGGCAAUCUUCCAGUCAGUGGUCAUCGGAUGGAUUUAUGGUGCUGGGCGCUUUAAUGACAACAUCGAAGACAUGAUUGGUUACAAACCUCUGCCACUGUUCAAGUACUGCUGGCUCUACAUCACCCCUCUUAUUUGCAGUGCAACUCUUGUAUUUUUGCUCCUGAGAUACACGCCAAUGAAGUUCAACAACACGUAUGUGUAUCCCUGGUGGACUUACUGGAUUGGUUGGUUUCUGGCCAUGUCAUCGCUGUCCAUGAUCCCAAUUACUAUGAUCUACAAACUGGCUAAAGAAAAAGGUUCUCUCUGGCAUCGAUUUAAGAAAGCCUCCAAGCCUGCAAAUGACCUUCCAGGAAUGGCGAAGGAAAUGCCAAGCCUCAACGCAUUGAUGCAUGUUCAGAACAAGGAACCAAAUGACUUUAUGCUAUGAAAUGUAACUGUUUUAUAUUUUCCUUAAGUACAACACAUUAGCUCUUAGAAUAGAAACAUCUUCUUUAUUCUCAGUAUAUGAUUUGCUAUUCUUGUCAUAUUUUCUUCACAUGUUUCUGAGACAUUUUCUUCUUUUAUGAGAGGGUGUGAAGCAAUCCCCCAACAACAACAUAAUCGUUCCCAGAAAGCCAGACCUAGAGUAAGAGUGAAGACACGAUAAACAUGGAGACCACAAUACACCUAACUAUAUCUGCUUGCUGUCUUGCUCAGGCAUUUUGGAUAAAUGAGGCUUAAUUACAUUAACAUGCAAAUUGGGAGCAGAGAAGGAACUGCAAAAAUGAAUCAAAAUAUGACAGUAAAACACCUUUCUGCAGAGCGGUGAGGGUGUGCUCACAAUGUAUUCGUAUUACAGAAUGCAACUAUUGUAAAACAAUAGAAAAGUAGCUUUUGUCUCAUUUGUUUGCAUUCAAUUCUUCUUUUCCAGGAGGUAAAGUUUGAAUGUUGAGUUUAUAGACGGUAGGAGUUAUAAAUUAGAGAACACCAACAACUAUAAUAGAAAUAGAGAACAAUUAAGCUUCAUAGCAACUCCAUCAUAGAGUGACCAACCUGAAUAAUAUUCAUAAUUUAUUAUGAUUUUUUUUUUAAACUGACAACCUCAAAAGUUACAGCAUUCCUCUAAAACCUACAAACUUGUUUUAUUUACCUUUUACAAAAUGUCCCAUCAAUAAAACAUUGAUACUUUUUCUUAUUGAGUAAAACUAAGCCUCUUUUUUGUUAUUUAAGGCUGCAGUUCUCAAAAUUGAUAACAUCUGUUUUUGUUUUACUUUUAAAUUUAGUCUCCGUUUCCUUUUACAGCCUGGAGAAUAGAUUUAAGUCUACAUAUUCCAAUAUGCAUUUGUCAUUUUGGUUCCUUAUUUUGCCUCGGUCACAUAUAAACUACCCUAUGAUGUCUGUGAACUGUAAAGAGGGAAAUAUGUAUGAAUAUAAAGGACCAAAAACUGUUUCACUUUUCAAAAGCUUAAGCAAACUCCACAUUUAGAAUGUUAAAUCCACAUUAUAAUUGAGACACUGCAACCCAAGCAAAGACUAUCAACUGGAGACUGCGCUGAUACCAACUAUUUGCAUUGCAUUCCACAUUCACAGCAGGAGCUAAACAGCAACCGAUGUUUGCUUGGCACUAAAUCUUUCUGCUUUCAUAAGAAGCCAAAAACUCAGUUUCAGUUUAAACUUCACAGCUCUUUACUUUAGGGACUGACCUGUGUGGAAAUGCUUCAAUAUUGCUUUACUGCUCAACUCAGGUUUCUGUUUUGCUUGGUAACCUCUGUACAGACCAUCAGUGCGGGAUUGUUUCUGGCAGUUUAUCUCUCAUGUCUGUUUUAUUUUAACCAGCUGCGGCAGGAGACUGUUAUAUAUUUACUUUGUGUUUUUGUUGCGUACUUUAUGAUGUAUGUUUUUAAACUUGUUGAAUAUUUUGGAGGCAUCAGGGUCAGAACAUUGAGAGUCCAUACAUAUACUCCACUUUUGCAGUAAUAAUCCAAUAAUAUAAUAUUUAUAUAUAUAUAUAUAAACUAUUUAGAGUGUGUAUUUAUACAAUGACAAACGAAGCAGACCUAUUUCUGAUUAAUUUAGGUAAUGCACAGGGCAAUGAACUUAAGCACAAGAUGUUUGAACUUUCAUAAAGUGUAGAAAAAAAUAAAUAAAGGUGACCUCAGAACAAGGUUUUUGAUUUUUACAUUUUGAGCUUCUCUAAGAUGUCAUCUGCUCACAGUAAUGAGCAGAUGACAUCUGUUCGUCAGAACGAUACAGUUUAGUUUUGGGCAGCAAUCUGUUGCACAUGCAAUUUUGCGUUAAGGUAUGCCAACAUGUCUACAGUCAUGGAGAUAUACUACCCUCAGAAUGUGGAAUGCUUGAGGGAGACUGACCAGUCAGUUUGUGUAUCUUUGUAAAGUUUGUGCCUUACUGAGAAUCAGACAUUGUAGCAUUUUCAUGGGUGCAUUAAAUGUUUUGGGAGAUGUCAAGCAAUGACACAAACCCCGUACUGAUGUUUACCAACCCAAAGGAAAGCCAAAUAAUGGUGAUGUUAAAGCACACAUCUGUACUCAGUACAAACGCAUAUAGCUUUACAGUAACGUUAUCUCUUAAUGGACAGGAGGGGCAUUAAUGCUGUUUUAUGUUGUUGUAGUAUUACUAGUAUUUACAUCACAAUGUGGAAAUGUGUAAAGAAAACAUUCAAAGUCAAAGCUAAUUAGAUUUUUCAGAAGAAUGUAAUUCUAAACUUAGAUUUGGGAAGAAAAUGCAUAUUUAAUGACUUUGUGGUGCUAAAUUUGUGUACUACAUUUGAGGAGAGCCAUAUCGAGCAUUUUAUUCUGAUUGUGGCCAGACCAAACUGUUAUGAAAUGAUUUUUAUCCAUUGGCAGGCAAGACAGUAUGCUAUUAGGACAUUUUUGACCACUGCUGAUUUGAUAUGACUACUUAUAAUUGCUUUUAUCUGACUUUUUUUUUUACAAGAUAUAGAUAUUUUAUGCACUAUAUGAACCAAGUAAACAUGUUUUAUGACUUUUAAAAAGCUAUAAAAUAACUUUUACAGAGCCUUUUAUCUUUUUUGGCACAAUGUAGUUUUUUAACUUUAAAAAAGCCUUUUCUCUGUGAGUAUGGCUGUAAAGUUGUACAAUAAAAUACUUUCUGGGGUAAGAUAA